AGCACCUACUGCAGCACAGAAAAACCUAGUCGCGUCUCCUUACAAGCUUAUACGCGCCAAUAAACGAAGAAGCAAAUGUCUGCUAUGGAUGUUGACGAUGGAAAAUCAUCAGCUGAAAAUUAUGAGCUGCCUUGGGUUGAAAAGUAUCGGCCGAAGAUUCUCAAAGAUAUUGUAGGCAAUGAAGACACGGUGGAGCGUCUGUCUACCAUAGCAAAGGAUGGAAAUAUGCCUAAUAUAAUUCUUUCGGGGCUUCCCGGUAUUGGAAAAACCACCAGCAUUCUUUGUUUGGCUCGGGAGCUACUAGGCGAAGCACACAAAGAAGGUGUUAUGGAGCUCAAUGCAUCGGAUGAUAGAGGAAUCGACGUAGUACGUAAUCGCAUCAAAGCAUUUGCGCAGAAGAAAGUAACAUUACCACCGGGAAGACAUAAAAUUAUAAUAUUGGACGAAGCAGACAAUAUGACAGGAGGUGCUCAACAAGCCUUGCGUCGAACAAUGGAGAUAUAUUCGAACACCACUAGGUUUGCGCUGGCGUGUAACCAAUCUAACAAAAUCAUCGAGCCGAUUCAGUCACGAUGCGCAGUAUUACGGUAUGGAAGAUUAACGGAUGGACAAAUCCUAAAGCGUCUGAUCGAGAUAUGCGACUUUGAAAAUGUUCCAAGGAACGACGAUGGUCUUGAAGCUUUGAUAUUCACAGCCGAUGGUGACAUGCGACAAGCAAUCAACAAUUUACAGUCUGCAUUCUAUGGCUUCAAAUACAUCAACAGCGAAAAUGUCUUCAAAGUGUGUGAUCAGCCUCACCCAGUCGUCAUUCACAAUAUUUUGGAAAGCUGUAGUGCCGGAAAUGUUAAAGAGGCGUUGGCGAGCGUAAAAGAACUGUGGGAUCAAGGCUAUUCGGCAUUGGAUAUCGUGACGACUUUAUUUCGAGUGGUCAAAAGUUACUCUAAUUUGGACGAAGGUACCAAAUUAGAGUACAUAAAGGAAAUUGGAUUCGCCCAUAUGCAUAUUCUCGAAGGCGUGCAAAGUCUGGUUCAAUUGUAUGGUCUUAUAAGCAAGAUGUGUAAGAUCACAAUGAAGCCGGAGUAUUUCAUUGUUUGAAAAAAAUGAGAGUAGACCGUUUAUUAAACCGUUCCAAUGACAGAAGAGAAACAAAAAAUAAAAAUCCUGGUUCAAUUGUGACCACUUUUUGCG